AAUAAAAGUCUUGCCCACAGUUUCUAUUUCUCAGUAACAGAGAAAUAAAAAUGGACACAGUCGUUUCUCUUCUUGUUCUUUUAGCGCUGCCACAUUUUGUUGCACCGCAGGUAGUUGCACCUUAUACCUCAUUCAGAACUCGAGUGGAGUUGGUGUCGGGGGAUUCAAGGAUCUUCUCAGGGGAGAAUGUCCAGCUGAAAUGCAGCGUUCCUAUUGUCCACACAUUAUCCUGGAAUUACCUGUGGUACAGGGGAUCGGAGAAGCUCCAUUGGGUUGGGGAGCACCUCCAUCUGUGGGAUACCAAGGUUAAAGACAGUGGAAAAUAUUACUGCCAGGGUGUGAGGGAGACAUUAGUGGGAGACAUACUUACCCUUCAAAGUCUGCCUGUGGAGAUCAAUGUGGACGGAGGAUGGGCUAUCUUGCAAGUCUCGCCUAAUCCCAGCCUUGUUGGAAACACCUUGAAGGCAACGUGUAGAGUCCGAGGUGAACCCCAACUUAAUGAGGUGAUCCUGUACAAAAAUGGGUUUGAAGUCAUGAGACAAAGGGGCCUCGACCCAACUUUUCACCUGCCCAUCAUGGCUCUUGAGGACCAAGGGCGAUACUCUUGCAGGGCUUCCUGGGACGCAGGCAGACAAACACGCUCUGUGAUUUCAGCUAAAGCUCCAGUUCAGGUCUUAGAGGUUCUAUCACAACCAGUUCUGGAGAUUGUUGCAGACAGUUACCUGAUUCCAGAAAAAAAGAUGAAGCUUAUCUGCCAUCACCAAUACAACGCCCCUGCUCCUGCCCCCCCAGUACACUACUAUUUCUAUGAGAGUGACAUCCAACUGGGAACAGCAACCUCUGAGAACCAUAAUCUGGUCAAACGGACUCCAGGCAACUACAGAUGCAAGGCCAGAGUGCCUCAAUUGGGCCUCUCCAAGUGGAGUAGUCCCAAAGCCUUUGGACAAAUGACAGGGUCUCAGACGAUGAUGCCUCCAAUUCUUCAUCCCAGAGAAUCAUGGCCCUUAGCUCCCCGAAUCUCCUUGUCAGACUGCUCCCUGUCUCCUGCAGCUGAGCCAACCAAGGACAAAACCUCCCCUCAACGAUCCACAGCAACUUCCUCUGUCAUACAACCUAUUGAUGUGAGCACCAAAUCCUCAGUUUCUCAGCUUAACCCCUCACAAUUACCGCCCAGCACUCUGUUAUCUACAGUCCAUCCAAUCAAACAAACAACUCUCCCCAAACCUGUCAAAUUACAUGACAAAUCUGCUGAGUUGUCUAGAGAACCUGCUGGCAUGCCAAAGGAAUCUGGUGGGAAUCCCAAGAGAUCUUGGGACAUCCCCGAGGGAUCUGGUGACUGGUCCAAGAGAUCUUGGGACAUGCCCGAGGGAUCUGGUGACUGGUCCGAGGGAUCUGGUGACUGGUCCGAGGGAUCUGGGGACAUGCCCGAGGGAUCCGGUGUCCUGUAUUAACAUGUUCACACACAUUUUUGACCGUUGUGACAUAGAUAUGUGUUUACAGAAGAGAGUAUAUUUGCCACGCCUUUGGCUAUCUAUUCUUCAUGUUGCAUACAGUGCAGGAUCAACGGACUGCAAAUGCACACUUUUAUAUAUAUAAUAGUUGUGUAAUGUUCAUUUAACAAUUAUUAAUGAUUAAAUCCUUUCUCGUGUCUCUAUACAUCAUCUCAUCUGUAAAAACUAAAAGGAUCAGCAGUAUUGGUUACUACAAAUAAAGGUUUCAAUAAAUGAUUAAAACAAUUAAUGAAAUGAA